GGCCACCACUAUUUGGCCACAUUGCGGUGAAUCGUAGGUGCCUCUCAAGUCGUAUAUUUCGACUGUGCACGUGUGUGCCAUACGGAGUCACCGGGGCCAAGUCCCACUAGCAGCGUUGAGCUACCUCAACGCCUGAAUCUCGACGUGUUUGUGGAGAUGUGCAGAAAUGGUGUUGAGUGCCGAGAAGGGAAUGACCAUCCAACGUUCUGAGUCAUUGCUAUUGAUUGAGAACGCGAAAGUUGAUGACGACAAUGACUGGGGCGUGGACAAGACCAUGCAGCUGAUCCACGCCAGAGCACGUACACCUGGAGGCUUCCUCACAAAACGUAUUGGAGUGGAAGGGAGGCAACACCUGCGUGGAUGGCAUGAUGUAUCGGCCAGAAUGCUGGUUGAAGGGUACACCAGAUCAUGGUUUGAAUGCAGGAAGUGGUGGAAGGCAGUUUUAACAGUAUACAUGGACAUAGUGGAACAUGAGCAUCGUAUUGGCGUGCAGACAUACUGGAAGAUGACGCCUGUGGAACGGGAGUUAUGUGACCUCGCAAAAAACUUCAGACGCGAGUGGUUCGACCUGAUAGAUGCAUACGCACAAAGUCAAGACAUCCCUCCCGAAGGUGCGACUUCAGGGCUCGGAAAAGCACCACGACGUGCCAAGCAACAGAAACAAGCAGCUAAGCCAGCCACCGCUUUAAAAACUGUGCGCGCCGACGGCCCUGGGUCUGCUGUGGCAUCGAAAAGAAUGCGAUGUGCCGUAGAGAAGCUCUCACAAUCUUUGAAGAGGAUAUGCAUGACGUCCGACUCGAUGAAAUGCAGUCAACUGUGCACGGAAGCAUUGGAACGCCACGGAGCUCUGAUGUCAUCUUCACAAGAGGAGGCUGCAGCAGUCAUUGCAGCAAAGUUGGAUGAAGGGUGGAGAUUGGUUGCUAAGUUCACCACGGAACCAACGGUGGAUGAGGAGAGGUCUACAUCAACGGACUACAAGGACGAAUAUUUCACCCGUUGCGAGUGCUCCGACUGACCUGUGUGCAGCAUGGCCUAACCCCGAGAUGGUCCUGUGCCGAUGAUGUAGCUAUGGCAGCGAAAGGUGCAUGCACGCAGGCAUGACGUCAGACACUUCUGGCUCAUGCGGUCUGCUAUCGUGCAAAGGACAUCCUAGCAAUAUCUGCAUGGAUGCAGUCCAAUGAAUGUUAUUCACAAUG